AACGCGACAUUCGGUUGUAAACGGAGCGAAGGAUAGAAGCAAAAUAAUUUUAUUCGCGUGACUGCACAAAUGUGUAUCGCACAAGGUGAGGGGAAAUUGAACGAAAAUUCUGAAUGUACGGCACAUAUCUGAACAGACUCGAAAUAGAAUAAUUCGAUCUAGAAUCGGUUUAAAAGUGGAGGAGGAAAAAAUUCAAUCCUCCCGAAAGGUUGGUUGGUUAAUGUCGCUCGUUCAUCGAAACGCGGCCGAAAACUGCAAACGAGGAGAGGGGAGGCUCGUUCCAACCGGCGUGAAAUGAAUUUACGCGGCAGAGAGGGGAUUGUAUCUGAAUUUUUGCCUCGCUCGGUGUUUCUGCUUUACCAUUCGCGAUUGGAGAGCUGAGAAAUAAAGUUUCUCCAAAGAAUCCUGACAAAUUGGCCGAGGAAGAGGAAGAAGAAAAAGAAGAAGAAGAAGAAAAGCGAGCAGUUGUUGGAAUCUGGCACAAGGCCGAGAAUAUUUUCGAGACAAUGUGCAAUUUUUGUUAUUUGUGCGGAAUUCGAUAUCGACAGAGAAAUUCGUUACACGCUCGAAAUGUGAAUUUCAUUAAUUAUUUUUUGGUAAUUAGUCAUUGUGCCACGGAUUUAGUAAUUUAAUUAAAUAACAUGGGAACAAAAGUACUUGAAUUUUUCGAACUUUUUGAAUAUUUAAUGAGCGAGUACGUAGCGAAUCGAAAGAAUGGAUACUGCAAGUGUCAAGUGCGAGAAAUAAGAACGGAAUGGAAAAAUUUUACGCUUGUUGUAAUAAUUCGCUUCGAAAUAAUACCUAUAUACGCGAGUUGUAAAUAUAUAUCGAUUCCUUCCCAACACAGGUGCUUAUAUAAAUAUUCGAAACGAUCGAAUAAAUAUCAUUUACGGUUCGAUUCGUUUGGAUGGAGAACCAUUUUUACGAUGUCAUGAUUCUUCCAGUCUCUGUAAUAAUACCGUUUGGAGAAGUAACACAUCCUACAACUACGGAACAGAUCCUAUAACUUGGUUGGAGAAUAAAUAAGGGAAAAUACAAUCGAAUGGGGGGAGGAUAUCUACGAUAUUUUUAAAUACCGUAUAAAUAUAUCCGAAGCGUCUUGCGGAGAAAGAAAGAGAAGGAGCGAUGUAUAUCGGGUUUCUUUCUCGGGGAUCAAUGGCUGUGAAGCGAGAGGUGGGACGUGUAUCUUGUACGACGCUCGGAGUGAACUCGUCUUAACCACUUCUAGGGCGGAAAGCUUCGAAGCGUAGUCUACGAGCGCACGGUCUAGUAAACUAACGAAAGAGAAGUUUCCACUGUGAAAGUGGUGCUCCACACGCGAAUGAUUUCGAAGAGGGGAGGUUCGCAAAGAAAAGCUUAGCAUUCUUGUCCACGUUUCAACUUCGCUUUCCCCCAUUGAUCCACGGGCUCUUUUCAACGCGCGCGCCUCUCGAUUUCCGUUUCUCGAAAAACCUUUGAUCGGAUUUUCGGGAUCAAAUAUACGAUUACGCUCAUUCUUUUUCCAGAGGGAAACAAAUGGAUCCGCCCGGUAUUCACGUAUUAUCCCGAAAUCCCGAUGUUUAUUUAAAUUUCACUUUAUCCCGUUCCAUUGAUUCGCUCCUACCUCUACCCGGAUCGAUUUUAUUGCCUCUAAACUUGGCGAGAGAGCGUAACGCUAUGCCCCAACUUUCACGUUUCCAAUUCCACUUUACAAUUCGUUAUAAAUUCGAGAGGGGACGACCUCGAACGUUCUCCUAGCGUUGUUUGUAUUCCAUUCUCCGUUUUCGAAAUAUAUUCGAAACAAGUGUUAAUUCGUAAUUGGAUGUAAGAAAAUAUUUAUGUAUAAAGUUGUAUCGAUGAAUAUCGGCGAGCGAUGAUAAUAUCGCCAAGGUUUUUACUCGUUUUCGUUGAAAAAAAGUUGUUAACCUAACCUAACCUCGUAUAUAACCUAGAUCGAUUUUAUUGGCUGGUUCAAAGUUUGCGAGAUCGUAACGUUAUGCGCAACUUUCAUGCGCGUUCCAAUUCCACUUUACAGUUCGUUAUAACUUCGGUAGAGAGCGCUUCGUGUUUUCCUGCCAUUGUUUAUUUCCAUUCUUCGUUUCGAAAUUUGUGUUACGUGCGAAUAAUUGGUGCGGUGUUGAAAUAAUUAUAAAUAAAAAUAUAUGAAUAUCGAUUUAAUAAACUAGAGCUGUUUUAAGAAAGAAACGUGGUAUAGCGUCAUGUAUAAGAAAUUUUCGAACCGACUUUCUGGAGGAGUGGCCAACUCCCGGCACAGGGCCCCAUUUCGACACCUCGAUGCAGUCGAACUUCACCGGGUUGGUGGGGAAAACCGUGCAUCUGGUGUGCAAAGUGAAAAAUCUCGGGAAUCGUACGGUUUCCUGGGUGAGGCAUCGAGACAUACAUCUAUUGACGGUCGGCCGUUACACGUACACAAGCGACCAACGGUUCGAGGCGUUGCACCUUCCCCACGCCGAGGAAUGGACGUUGAGAAUACGAUAUCCUCAGAAGAAGGAUUCCGGUAUUUACGAGUGCCAAAUAUCAACGACACCGCCUAUCGGCCAUCCCGUUUACUUGACUAUAGUCGAACCGAUCACCAUCAUCAUAGGAGCGCCCGAUCUGUUCGUGAACAAGGGUAGCACGAUCAACCUAACCUGCGUGGUGAAGUACGCUCCGGAACCACCGCCCAUGAUGAUCUGGAGUCACAACAGCGAGGUAAUUAACUUCGACUCGCCGCGGGGAGGUAUUAGCCUGGUGACGGAGAAAGGGCCAGAAACGACGAGCCGUUUAAUGAUCCAGAAAGCGGUGAUGACCGACUCUGGGAUAUACACCUGCGAGCCGAGCAACGCGAAUCCGAACAGAAUCAAGGUGCACGUUGUUGACGAGGAAAGGCCGGCAGCCAUGCAUCACGGAGAUGGAAGUUCGUCGUACGCCGAGACACUGCCAAUGUGUUUUAUAAUUUUAAUAGUAGCCAACGUAAUAUUUGUAUAAGGGGGUAUAUAUAGAGGAUCGGGGGAUAUUAAAGGGGGGGGAGAAGAGAAUUUUUACCCGGGAUUUUCACGCGGUUUCGAAUGGAUUCGCACUGCCUCUAUUAACGAUCCGAUAACAUUCGUUCGGAUAUAAAUAUUUGCGCAGGGUAAAAACCGGAUAAUUACCUACAUUUACAUUCAAUUUCCGUGACCAAAGAGUUUUCGAUAUAUCAGCACGGCACAAUAAUCGAUAAAAGCGUAGUAUUUUGUUAAGAUAUAUCAUCAAGGGCGAAUAACGUACCGACGUCAAAAAUUUAUUGUAUUAUUUGUAAAUAAAUUUAUUGUAUGUACAUAUCAAUAAAAACGAUUGUCUUUA